AGAAGGAAUCGAGGAAAGCCGCUUAACUCGGCUCAGGAGAGAAAGAGAGAGAGCGGCCGGGAAGCAAAAGCGGGGAGAAGGGGGCGCGCGCGCAAACCUGGGUGAAAGAGAGGGGAGGGGUGAGCUUGAGAGCAAGAGAGGAGAGCAGAAAAAUAAAGGGGAGGGGGAGAGACGAGACCAGCCGGAGAGUGAAGGGGACAAACCGAGGACAAAAAAGAAGAGAAAGCGAGGCGCUCUCUCUCUCUCGCUCUCUCUCUCUCUCUUUUUUUUUUGCCUCUCAGGUUCCCUCCUUUUCCGCCCGCCCCUUUUCUCGGAGCCGGUGCAGCUGGCCGAACGAUUGGGGAUUCCCGAGCUCCCAGCGAUUGGCGGACUCGGAGGAAGGUCCUCCUUCUUCUCCCCCGCCCCCGUCCCUCCCUCGCGAAUGAGAAGCGGUACUGAUUGCGGCGAGGAAGUUUUGGACCUUUCUCGCUGCCGUAGACUUCUACACCGCGGCAAGUCCCGACGGGAUCUUCAGCAAGGACCGGCUCAGGAUUUAGAUGGAGCGGAGUUCGGCGGCAGUAAAUGCGGUGAGGCGCCUCCGGAGCCAGGCGCCGCCGCUGCACAAUGAUAAUCACCAGCAGCAGCAGCAUCAGGACCCUCCGAGGCAGCGCUGGGAAAAGGAAGAUGAGCGAGACGGCAAGAAAAAACCGGCAGGGAGAGGCGCGAAUUCCCUUCCGGAGCUGCUGACGGCGCUCGUGCUGCUCUUCUACUUGCUGGGUCUUCGCGGGCUCGUGCACGUUUCCUUCCAGCAGUUGGUGAAGGGGACCAGCGACCCCGCGGAAUUCAACGCCCCGCGCGCCAGGAAAUAUUUAGAAAAUAUUACUGCAAUUGGUCCAAGAGUUGUUGGAAGUCCAGAAAAUGAAAUUUUCACUGUUGACUACCUCUUGAAACAAGUUAAAGCUAUUGAAAUUAAAUGCAAUCAUGCCCAUACAAUCUCUGUAGAUAUACAGAGGCCAACAGGCACUUUCAGUAUUAACUUUCUUGGAGGAUUCACCAGUUAUUAUGACAAUAUUACUAAUAUUGCUGUUAAACUGGAACCCAGAAGAGGAGCUAAACAUGCUGUGAUGUUGAAUUGUCACUUUGACUCUUUACCAAAUACUUCAGGUGCUAGUGAUGAUGCUAUCAGCUGUUCUGUAAUGCUUGAAAUACUGCACAUACUUUCAAAAUCAUCUGAACCUUUGCAACAAUCUGUUAUAUUCUUGUUUAAUGGGGCAGAGGAAAGUAUCUUACAGGCUAGUCAUGGCUUCAUUACACAACACUCAUGGGCCAAAUCCGUGAAAGCAUUUAUUAAUCUGGAGGCUGCUGGAGUAGGAGGGAAAGAACUUGUGUUUCAGACUGGAAUAGACCUGGCUUUCAUUGAAAAUGGUUACAUCUAUCAUACAAAAUAUGACACAGUGGAUCGUAUAUUGACAGAUACUAUUCAGAGAGCAGGUGACAAUAUCAUAGCUGUGCUAAAAUACUUAGCAAACUCAGAUAUAUCAACCAAAUCUCGGGAAUAUAGACACGGAAAUGUUGUCUACUUUGAUGUUCUUGGCAUGUUUAUUUUGGCUUACCCAGCUCGUGUAGGUGCCAUUAUGAAUUGCAUCAUUGCGUCAAUUGCCAUGCUUUAUCUAGGCAAAAAAGUUCUACAGCCAAGAAAAAGAGCAAUUAACUAUCUGAAGGAAUUUGCAGUUGCUUUAGGCUUUAUACUGCUUAGUUUCUUUGUCACCUUCACUGGCAUCCUUCUUGUGGCAAUAUUUAUUUCUCUUAUUGGACAAUCUCUUUGCUGGUAUACCCACUACUAUGUCUCCUAUUUUCUCUAUGGAUCUGCAGCUCUGGCUACACUGAUUUUUGUGCAUACAUUAGCCAAGAAAUUUUAUUAUAAACAUGCUAAUGAACAGUUCCUAGGAGAACUCUUCUUUGAUGUUCCACUUGCACUUUGGUCUAUUUCAGGGGUUCUGCUUACUUACCAGGGAAUUUCCUCUGCAUUUAUUUGUGCAAUAUGGGUAGCUUUUCCACUCCUCACAAAACUAAUGACCUAUAAGGAAUUGAAAGAAAAAGGUGCUACAAUGAAAUUUGUAACAGUUUAUCUCCUGGGAAUGUUUAUUCCAUACCUCUAUUUAAUAUACCUCAUCCGACUUGUAUUUGAAAUGCUGGUUCCCAUUAUGGGGCGCAGUGGUUCUGAAGCUCCACCAGAUGUAGUCAUGGGUAUUUUUAUCGUUGUAAUGUGCAUAUUUCUGUCUUCCUAUUUGCUCAGCUUUAUUUAUCUGUCCAGAAGCACAAAGGUGACCUUAAUAUCUUUGACAAUCAUUUUUAUAAUCACAUUCAUCCUUGUUUGCAGUGGAAUCUUCUUCCCUUUCAGUUCAGAUUUGGCAGACCCAAGGCCUAAGCGAAUGCUUCUUCAGCAUUUAAACAGAAGAUUUCAUAGCCUGGAUGGCCAUUUGGAAAAAAGUGAUUCUGGAAUAUGGAUGAAUGGAAUGGACUACAGUGGGAUAUCGCUCGUUACACCCCACCUGCCUGAGCUCAAUGACUCUAUUGCAGCCACAUGUGAGGAAGGAUCCCCCCUCUGUGGGUUUCCUUGGAUUCUACCCGUGAACUACUUUUUUCGGAAAACAUGGUAUCUUCCUGCACCAGCAAUUACUCCCCGAAACCCCGUUCGCUUUCAGCUUCUUUCCAAAGAGCAAACACAAUGGGAUUCUACAAAGUUAACCUUUGAAGUAAUAGGUUCAAGCCACAUGGCAUUAUAUCUUCGACUACAUCAAGGCUCAACACUGUCCACUUGGUCUCUUGGAAAUGGAACUCCUGUUGUUAAUAGUCUGAUUGGAGACUACUUUGUGUAUUAUUCACGUGGGCUCCAUGCCAGGCCCUGGCACUUUUGGAUCGAGCUGAAGGGUUCAGACAAAUCCACGAAAGGAAUGGUCACCCUUGCUAUAGUUAACCAUUAUUUUUUUGGAGAAGAUCAAAAGUCAUCUCAGUUACAUGCUUUAUUGGAAAGAUUGCCCAACUGGAUUUAUCCCUUAAGCUGGACUUCUACCUAUGACCAGUUUAUCUUUUAAUCUAGAAAUUACAAAAAGGUCAAUUGUCUCUCAAUUGCUGGAUGCCACUUUUGUUCAUAGGGAGCUUGGGUGAGUUGGAAAAGAUGGCAUUCCUGACUGAAAGAAAAGCUAUGAGGAAUAAUUUAGCCACAAGUAUAUUUUAAUGGCAGUAUUGAUAAGACCUCUUUGGGAAAGGAGGCCUUGUGUUUCUUUAAUGCAAAUAUAUAUAUAUAUAUAUGUAUAUCACCAGUUUCUGCCACUUGAAUAGUCCCUUCACCUGCUGACAUUAUAACAUGAAACUGCCUUUUGGAAAGUAGCUUUAGAACAGCUGUUCUUGGGGUUUUGCAAUAAAAGGAGCUUUUGAACUGGAGCUACAAGCACAAAAUAACAUACUUUACUGCCUUUAAAUAAUACAAGUGCUGCCUUGUGCUUAAUAUUUUGAUGUGUUCUCAUUGACUAAGGAAUUGUAAUUAAGCAUCAUUAAGGCUAUCAUGAAGAAUAUGGAACUGUUAAUGGUAAUUGCUGCAAUAAUGAUAUUCAUUUUGAAUGCACUAUGUAAGUAAAGCUCUUUUAAUUAUAAUGCCAACAAACUUGAUAGUCAAUCUCACUGAAAUCUUAAGUUUGUGUGUUCCAGUUUUACUUCUUUUUCCUUCUUUUUUCUGGAUUCUUUUACGCCUAUGAGAGUAAAGUCCAUAUUUCCCUGACUUCCCUAUGGCAAUCAAGUAGUAUAUGAGCAAAACAGUGUCCUGUUCAUCCAGUGUAAGCAUCUAGCACUAUAUUUCUAAGCACUGAGUUACCAUUCUGGUCUCCUGUACACACACAUACACACACACACACACACAUAUUAUUGGUGAUAAUAUGCCCAUUAGUUAACUACUGAACUGGUUACUUACAAUUAUUUUUAUUAUUUACCUGAUAUUUCAGGAGAGUGUCAUUUAGACUCCAUUGGAAGCUGCAAGUUUCUAUAAAAUUAGGAAAACUUAUGGGGAAAUCAAGUUGUAUUAUUGAUCCCUUGUCUAUGUGCAAAAAAAAAUUAAUUUAUUUUACCAAAAAAUAGGAAUAAACAAUUCCUAAGCUGAAGAAACUGUAAAGUUGGUAUGAGCCUCUGCAGAAGAGCGUUAAGGUUUUUUUAGUCUUCUUGCAUGGACUUUUCUAAGGCAGUAACCCCAGAGUCCUUGAGAGAACACUCCAGGAGCUGUAGUACAGAGUAGCCUGACAUACUUUCUCUGUGGCCAAGGGGUUAAUCCUUGGGGGAAGGACAUCCAACUUCCCAAAUAUUGUAAUCUUUGCUGCUCCAGACCUGAAGACCAAAUGGGCAGAGAUGAAUGGGGGAAUCGAAGUCCCCUCUGACUGUAAAUGCAGGCCAACUGCCAAUCACCCAAAUUUUGAUAUUCCAAUGACAGUAACUUCAGCGACCGGUCAUAAUAUACCAUUUAUUUAGUGCCACUGUAAUGUCCAAUGGUCGCUAAAUGAAUGGUUGUUAAGCAAGGAUUGUCAAGGAUCCCCUAUUUUACAAAUAAUUUGAGAAACGAAUGCUGUUAUGAGGAAUUUGAAGUAAAAAAAGGAUAAUUGGUCAUUGCUGUUCCAUUCAUGUUCUAUAGAAUAGGGAUUGGAUGAGGCCAGACCUGGCUCUUCCUUCUGUUAUAUAGCUGCUCUUUUAGUACCUUGUAUCAAGAAAACUGAACAGUGUUCAAAGAUUAGGAACCUCAGGGCAGAAGGAAAAUAAAUUUUAAAGUAAAUCAAGUUUUCUUGAUACAAGGUAUUUUCUCUUUGCUAAGAGAAAGGAGGGAUAGACAUUGGGAUCUGAUUUAUCGAUUAGGGGGUUCUUGAAUUUUGGAGAGAUACCAUUUAAAUCUUUAUUAAAAAGUAUCAAAUGGAAGCUAACCCAGCCAUUUGAUUCAUUGUAUUUUCUCCUCUGUGCAUCAAUUUUAGAGAAUUUUUUUAAAAAAAUGAUAAAUUAUUUUAUUGUAUGGUAACUUGAAAGACAUUUUACGCACAAAGCCAGUUAGGUGACUUUGGGCCAAUUUCUCCCUAAGUCCUAGAUAUUGAAAACCACUUCUGAAAUCUGGCCAAGAAAACUUCAGGGACUUGAAAGCAUCCAAAAAAUAAAAACAAAAAACUUAGGCAUGGUAAAGCAACAGAAGAGUUCUGGUAAAUUCAACAGCUUAAGUAGUUAUGGAUGCAAGGUAACCACUGUUUCGGAACCGUAUUGGCUGCCACUUGGUUUCUAAAGGCAGUUCAGAUCCCUGUUUGACACUUUUAAAGCUCUACAUGACUCAGGAACAUGAAAUCUUAUUCAGGUUGAAUCUCAUUCGUUUAGUAAAAGGGGAGGAGAGUUUUUAUCAUCUAGGCCUAGGGCAGUGUUUCUCAACCUUAGCAACUUUAAAGUGAAUGUCAGGGUUCCAAUGGAUGCCCUAAUUAAAUCAUGAGUCUCGAGCCAAGCAUUAAAUCAUGAGUCUCAAGCCAAGCUUCAAAAGAUAUCUAGUUAUUUAUUAGGAGCUUCAUGUUGGCACGUUCCCAAGUGAAGCCAGCUCUGACCCUAUGUAAUUUACAUUCCAAUUAUGACCCUGUUUCCCCCAUCCACCCAGGGUGUGUCAUCAAUCACAUUCGCCAAUGGAGCAAUUUCACGGGUUGUAGAGGUCAUUCCCCUUUGGUUGCUGUAGGUAACCCUGGGAUACAGCCUUGAGAGAGAUAAGUGUGGAAUGUGCAUCUGUCUUUGGCUGCUGUGCCAUUUCACGGGUUUUCCAUCCCCACUGGCCUAUGGCAACUCAAGAGCAGGCCAGGGAUGCUUUGCAACUCCCAGAAUUCCCCAGCAAUUCCCCAGUUUGAGACAUGUCAGUGAUGAGUCCCCUUCUUUGUAUCAGCUUACCCUGAUAGCCAGACAACCCUUUAUGGCAUUUUCAGAGAGCUGCAAAAGCUCUUUAGUAAGGUCUUUGGAACAGGUCAGAUUAGCUGCUGAGGUGAACACUGGAUUGACUAUAUAUAAUUCUAGUUAAUUUUUGUUUUUAUAUUUAUUCUGUUAGUGGUGCAAGGACUGAGAAUCACCAGAAAUGUAACUGUAUAUAAAUUGCAAUAAGAACAUCAUCAUUAUGGACUGGACUGUUCUUCAAUAUUAAAACUUCUAAAGCCAAAAUCUCAGCAAUGUUCCAAGUACCAUGCACAGAUUUCUUCAAACUUGAGCCCUCCUUUUAGAUUUCAGUUUCCAUAAUCUGCAGCCUUUGAGGCCAUACUAUCAGGAAUUUAGGAGAGUUUCUGCACUAUUAUUGGAGAUUAAAUUAAGGAAGUUGAUAGUAUUUGAAGUAAAAAAGCAAUGUUAUGUAAGCAUCUUGAUUAGUUAAGUUGCAAUGGUAUCUUAUGCAGUUCUUGGAAUUCAUAAUGGAAUCUAACAUUGCUACUAGAAUAUCAAAUCAUACGAUACUAAAUUGUGAAUGGCAGAAAGUGAUAAACAUGAGCAACAGAGGUAACAUCUAGUUUAUAAUCACUUCAAGUAAAUGUGAUAAAGCAUUCAUUGAUUUGGAAGUAGUUCUUCAAUAUUUUCAAGCUUUAACAUUUGGCAUGACAGUCUAAAAAUUAUUUGUAGUUGUAAAUCAGAUAAGCAUUGACUUAUACUGAUUCAAUUUCUUAGAAUAUAAUGGCUAAUUAUAACAAGCUAGUUACAAAACCUUAUGUGUAGAAGAAUGUUCCACUCCAUAAUGUGUGGUAGAAUUUACGUCUUUGAUGAAAAAAAGUGCCUUUGUUUCAUAGAUGUCAAUGAGAUGGAAAUUUAGAUUAUCUUGUUAAAAGAGUUCAAUAAAUUGUGUGGGAUGCUCAAAUGUCCAGGUGUUGUGGUUGCGUAUUUAUUCAAUAUGCCAUUCAACCUUAAUUAACCAAGAAAUGUAACAGGAGAAUGUUGUAAAAUAAGUAUCAAUAGGUACUUAUCCUACAUUAUUUUAUGUCUAUAAACUGUGUGAUGUAUACGCAUGCUGUACACUAAAUAUCCAAGAACAUAUUAGAAAUGUCAAGAAAACAAUUUUCUUUCAAAACAAUUGUGUUUAGAAGAAAAACAACGAUUAAUUCAGGAUAU